AUGUUCGUUGUCAUUGACGAUUUAUCUCUUCAAGACUCUCUCAUGGGUGCAGGACGAGACUUGAGAUAUUUCGGCCCAUCUUCCGCUAUCGCGUUAUUUCGAACUCGACCGCCACCGUUCGACGAGCAAACAGCAUCGGCCCGGCGUCCAAAUACCCCGUCGGGCUCAAAAACAGGAUCUUGGUCUCUAUGGACUCACUCCAAAUUACAAGGAGUCUUUGAGAAACGGGUUCACUGCCAUCUGCCGUCGUGGCCUGAAGCUCUUUCACUGGUUACGGCCUUCUUCGAGGAAAAAUACAUGGCUUUACCGCUCUUCCACCCACCUGCCUUUGUCGCACUGCUUGGUCAGCAAUAUUCUGGAGAUUUCGAUGGUGGCCCUGCCUGGUGGACCUCAUUCAACGCUGUUCUGGCAAUUUCUCAAAGGAGACGCGUUGAACAAGGGAUGUCUGACGACAAGGAACUGGCCUGGGGCUAUGCGGCUAACGCACUGGAUACGGUUCUGGACAUACUCAUGAGGGCCACUCAAGUCAUGUCGGUCCAAGCUCUGCUGAUAUUAGCCUGGUUCUUUCUGGGUACUCCCAAUCCUCAGCCCAGCUUCAUGUUAGUGGCCAACGCCAUUCGACUUGCACACACCAUCGGGUUACACAGAAAGGAGUGCAGCUCGUCACUGAGCCCUAUAGAGAAAGCGACGAGAGCCAAUGUAUUCUGGCUUGCUUUCUCUCUGGACCGAGAGUUGAGUCUCCGGACCGGGCGGCCUCCUGCGCAAGAUUUCGGUGGCUUUGAGGUUGAUUUGCCUGAUUUACUGUUGCAGCAUGAGUUCAGCACCCAUGCUCCUUCCAACGGGCUAGCCAACAUUUUCAUAGCCGCUUCUCGCCUGGCUGUCAUCCAAGCUAAACUAUAUUCCAAGAUUUAUCUUGGAGAAGGGGUUAACCCAGGCGUCAUUUCAGAUGCUACGCAAGCACUAAACCAGGACUUAGAUGACUGGCGAGCGGAGUUUUCGACAGUCUUGGAUCUUGAUAGUCAUCCCGAGCUGACCAACUACUCUUCUGUUCUACGCUUGAACUACACCUAUCGGCAUUGCGUGAUUCUGGUUCAUCGGGCACAGAGCGAAUAUGACUGGAGGUCUUUGGCGUCGUCGGAGCGGUCAUCUACAGUUCUGUCAGGCCAGGUCACAACCUCUAUUCAGAACUCUGUGGAUGCUGCUAGAGCAAUUCUCCAGCUGGAUGUACUCGUCCCGGAUACCUGGAAAAGCUUGACUUGGGACGUGAUUCCGAUCAGUGUCACUGCCACCCUCAUCCUGUCCCUUUAUACUUUGCGUCGACCCCGCACACCAAACGUCGCCGAGGACCUCGGUUCUGUCUCAAAAGCUCUGAAGCGUCUUGCCUCCAUCGAACUUUCUGAACCUGGCUCAUAUUUGACUCCGGUACGAACGGUGUGUCAGGAUGCGUACAGGGCUGCCCUAGGGGCCUUCAAUACGUCCAACAGCACAUCAUCGCAACCAGGAAAUACGACCUCUGACCAAGGCCAAACUGCCGCUCACGGCAAACAAGUCCACCAAGAGAGCACUUCGGACACCAUGCGAGACUCUUCUCAAGUGGCUUUAUCAGAUCUUUCUCCCCUGCUCGAGCCUCAUCACGAAGCAACUUCGAAUCCAAGCAACGGGAUCAACGGAACUAGCUUUUUGCCGUUUGACCAGAAUACCCUCGAUUCUUGGGGUGUUCCUUGGGGAUUUGAACAUCUUUUGGGAGACGAUACUUCGAUGUUCAUCUGA